AUGGCCAGAAGGAAAGAAAAACCGGUUCCACCUUUGGUGGCAGGCAUUGUUGAUGCUGACAGUUUAAGGAAUGCAAUGGCCACACUAUUCCAAGAAGCCCAACAUACAACUUCAAGUCAUCGGAAACUUGUUAUUAUGCUUGGACUUGUGUUUAACAAGUCUGUGGAGAUCGGGUUACUUGAUUCGUUUGGAUUCCACUUCACUAAGUUGAUAAACAAGAGUUUAGGGUUGAAAAAGGGUGAGAGAGCAGCUGAUAGAAUUGCCAAAUAUGUGGCGGUGUUUGUGGGAGCUUUGAAUGCUGAGGGGGGUGGUGGUCAAACCAUCACCACAACCAAGUAUGAUGAGGAUCUGGUGUCUAGAUUUGUAAACUAUAUGGUCCUCCACUUAUUGCGGGGUGUUGAUUCCAAGGAUAAGAAUGUACGAUUUCGGGUGGUUCAAUUGUUGGGAUAUUUGAUUAUUCAAUUACAGGAGAUUGACCAUGAAGUUUACCAAGCUUUAAGAGCAGUAUUAAUUGCAAGAUUAAAGGAUAAGGAGUCAAUUGUAAGAAUCCAGGCCAUAGUAGCAUUAUCUCGUUUCCAAAGUAUAGAAGGUGAUGAUAUUGAAGAUGAAGAUAAGAAUGAUUUAAUCACUGAAGAAGUUAAAAAAGCAAUGAGAUGUGAUGAGGUUGCAGAAGUUAGAAGAGCAGCCCUUAUAAAUCUUAAAAGGGAUAAAUCAACUAUUCCCGAUUUGUUAGAAAGGGCACGAGACUUAAAUGGUAUAAAUAGACGUUUAGUCUUUACAAGAUUAUUGAAAGAGUUAGGAGGGUAUUCAGUUUUAACCAACAAGGAACGUGAACAGCUAUUGACUUGGAGUUUUAAUGAUAGAGACGAACUGGUAGUUAGGGCAUCUCUAAAGUUGGUUACCGGAGAUUGGUACACUGCUGUGGGGAACGAUCUAGAAGAAUUGGUAGGUGCUUUUAAUGUAACCAAAAGCGAAGUUGCAGAACUCACAAUGCAGAAUAUUUACAAAGCAAGUCACGAAACUCUAGGGCUGCUUAACAUUGAUAAAAUCAACUUGAAACUGUUAACAGUCGAAAGAGUGUUUAUUUUAAGAACAUUCUAUACAUAUUGUGAUAAAAAUAACUUGUAUGAGAUGAUAGACUCCAUAUAUCCUGAAUCUGCAGAGCUAGCUGUUGUGCUUGGAAAGUACCUAGAGGUUAGAAUGAAACAAAUUGAAUCAGAUAAAGAGGCAAGCUCACUAAUAGCAACAAAAAAUCAAAGAUUAAGGCAAUUUAGGAAUACAAGAAGCCAAAUGCUUGCAAGAAUGUAUAAAGCAUUAGCUGAUCGUGAGAAGUUGAAGAAAACUUUAGUGGAAUUAUCUACUGAAAUAGACCAUAUUAAUGGAUAUAUUACAGAGAUAAAAGAUCGAUUGUAUAAGUUAAGGACUGGAUUAGCUGAUAGAGUUCCUUUACAAGCUGGUGAUGAAGAUCCCAGCGAAGAAGAUUACUUUCUUUCAUUCACACCAGAACAAUUGCAUGGCGAAUCAAAGAGUGCCAAAAAGGCGUUAAAGGAUGUCAAUGAAAAAGUCGAAGAAGUCAAAGGCCAAAGAAAUGAAUUAAAAAUUAAACUAACUGAUUUAGAUCUUGAUUUUGAUAAUAUCAAUAAUGAGAUAGAGAUUACACUUUCAGAUAGUAUGCAAAACCAGAAAUUGGUAGAGUAUAAUGAAAGUCUAGAUGAUGUGAAUUUCAUUAUCGAGAAUUUAUUACUUAUUGCUGCAGACUUUGAUUUUGGAGACGAAGUAGGAAGACGUGAGAUGUUGAAAGUCAUUAGAGAGCAAUUAUUAAGGAACCAUUUGACUGGACAAGCAUUUUCGGAAAAGUUAGUGGAAGUUACAUUACGUGUUUUGAAAAGGAUAUCUUAUCAUGAAAGGGAUUUUGCUGCCAUGUGUACUGAAAUUGUCAAUGAUAUUUUGGAUGAUGGUGCACAAGAUGAUGCCGAGGACACAUUCCAUUCAGCACAUGAUGGCUUUGAUGAAGAUUCGUCUUCUGAAGAUGAGGAAGGUUCCAGUCAUUUGAAAAAGAAAAGAAAGGUGGAAACCCCAUUCACAAUUGAUGAAGAAAUCGCUCUUCGUUGUCUCAAAAUCACAAAGCACGUUUUGGAACUAAUUGAAACACCAUUGGAACAAGAUACUUCUCUUUCUUCGCUUAGGUUCAGCUUGGUUAACUAUGCUUUACGUCAAUCUGAUAUAGCUGAUAUCUAUGCUUUGGGUCUUGAGUGCCUAGGUUUAUUCUGUUUACUUGAUAAGUCUUGUGCAAAGGAUAACUUUGACAUGUUUUUACGUAAGCUAAAGGAUACCCCUGAAUCCAUUAGGAUUAUAUGCUUUAAAGCCAUUGUGGAUAUUUUAUCCAGUUACGGUGUGUCUGGAUUGGAAAAGGAAGAUAUAGGAUUUCAAAUUGCCAGGAGUUUCUUUAGAAAUCUUAAGGACGACACAAUGCCUAAAUUGCAAGCAGUUGUGGCCGGUGGUAUUUGUAAAUUAUUUCUUGCAGAUAUAUUUGGAGAGACUAACAAAGAAGUUGAUUUGGGCAAUGAGCACGAGCUUCAAUUACUUGAAUCGUUGGUGAUUACAUAUUUUAGAACCCACACAGGAGUUAAUGAGGAAUUACGGCAAACUUUAAGUUUCUGCAUACCCGUGUAUGCCUUUAGUUAUACCACACAUCAAAUGCGUAUUGCACAAUUAUGUGGUGAUUGCUUCUUUAGACUUUUUCCCAGUGAAGUCAUUGAGGAGAAGGUAAUAGACGAUGAUAAAGAAGAAGAGCAACAACAAGGAGGCAGAAAGAAAAAGAGAAAUAGGAGGACCAAAAAGGAUGAAUACAAGGAAGGGGACGAGAAACGAAUUACCGAAUUAGCACCUACUAGAGUACUUCUGCAAUUGAUUCAAUGGUGUGAUCCUAGAAACAUUGUUAAUGUGUCAAUUGAAGAUGCCAACAAAUCAUCCAGUCAUUUAUUGCUCUGUGCAUCAAUGCUUUCAAUAUUAGAUGACAAGGAUACAAGUAAAAGUGCAAAGAAAGCAGUUGUCAACUCUUUGGGAAAGCUCUUUUUUGGUGAUAAUAUCACCCUCCCAGGGAUGAAGUCACUCCAGCAAUCUUUGAAUGCAACCAAACUGAUCAUCUAUGACGAUACUUUGGGAACUUACGAUAAGCACAACCGCAAGAACAUGCAAGCAUUUUGCGAAUCCAUUGACUUGGCUGUAGCUCAAUUGGAAAGAAAAGCAGAACUUGCUGGAGUACUGAUUAUUGAUCUUGAACCAGAUGUGGAAGCUGAUACUGGAUUAAAUAGUGAAAAGGAAGAGAACCCAGAGGAGGAUAAAGAAGAAGAAGUAGAAGAAGAAGAAGAAGAAGAAGGUGAGAAUCAGCUAGUGAGAGAGGAUGUGCAACCCAAAACAGAUGCAGACCUAGAAAUGGAGAGGACUUUAGACCGAAUUGAUAAAUUGUUAUACGAAGAGGAAAAAGUCGAAUACGAUAUCGCGAUGGAAGAUGCAGAAGAUGCAAAGGAAACAGAAGCGGCCGAGCAUUUACAAACUAGUGACGGAGGCAUAGAAGCCAUUCAUGGAACUGAAAAUGGUACUAACAAUAUCGAAGUUGAUGUCCGUGUCGAAGAAGAAGUUCAUUCCAGUAGUAGUAGUGGAUAA